AGCGAGGGGUGCGCAUGCGCAGUUCUCUUCACAACGCAGGGCUAAUACCGGCUGCGGCGGCGAGGAGGGCCUGUGACCGGAGGAGGAGAGCGGGACACUGCGGGGACUCCGGACAACACUGCGGGGACACACACACAGUAACCAUGACGAGCUCAGGAAAGGAAAACUCCCGGAUGAAGAGCUACAAGAACAAGUCUCUGAAUCCAGAUGAGAUGCGGCGAAGACGGGAGGAGGAGGGGCUACAGCUGCGCAAACAGAAAAGAGAAGAGCAGCUGUUCAAGCGAAGGAAUGUGGCAAAUGCAGAAGAGACCCCUGAAGAAGAAGGGAUGGCUGACGGAAACUUACACGAAUCCCAGAUCAAUAACAUGGAGAUGGCUUCGAGCGGGGUCAUCUCCGCCGACAUGAUCGAAAUGAUCUUCUCCAAUGUCCCAGAACACCAGCUAUCCGCAACGCAGAAGUUCCGAAAACUUCUAUCGAAAGCUGAAAUGACUGUGGGCAUAAACGAUACCAACACGUCUUCUCAAUGCUCUUCCAACAGCUCAGAACCCAAUCCGCCGAUAGACGAAGUGAUCGGCACCCAAGGGGUGGUGGCCCGGUUUGUGGAGUUCCUGAAAAGGAAGGAGAACUGCACAUUGCAGUUUGAAGCGGCAUGGGUACUAACGAACAUCGCCUCAGGAAACUCCCUGCAGACCCGAAUAGUGAUCCAGGCCGGGGCCGUCCCCAUCUUCAUCGAACUGCUCAGCUCAGAGUUUGAGGAUGUACAGGAGCAGGCGGUGUGGGCUCUGGGGAACAUAGCAGGAGACAGUACAGUGUGUAGAGACUACGUUCUAGACUGCAACAUUUUGCCGCCUCUCCUUCAGUUGCUUUCUAAACAGAACCGUCUCACUAUGACCCGGAACGCAGUGUGGGCUUUGUCUAACCUGUGUCGGGGGAAGAAUCCGCCUCCAGAUUUUGCAAAGGUAUCUCCAUGUCUGAACGUCCUGUCCUGGCUUCUGUUCGUUAGUGACACAGAUGUCCUGGCUGAUGCCUGCUGGGCCCUGUCCUACCUGUCUGAUGGACCCAAUGAGAAGAUCCAGGCCGUCAUCGAUGCUGGAGUGUGCCGGAGGCUGGUGGAGCUUUUAAUGCACAGCGAUUACAAAGUGGUGUCACCGGCUCUGAGAGCAGUUGGAAACAUUGUGACGGGAGAUGAUGUACAGACACAGGUGAUUCUGAACUGCUCAGCGCUGCAGAGUUUGCUGCACCUUCUCAGCAGCCCCAAAGAGUCCAUAAAGAAGGAGGCUUGCUGGACGAUAUCCAACAUCACCGCAGGCAACAGGGCGCAGAUCCAGACGGUGAUCGACGCAGAGAUCUUCCCGGCUCUCAUUAACAUCUUACAGACGGCGGAGUUCAGAACAAGGAAGGAGGCUGCGUGGGCCAUCACAAAUGCCACUUCCGGGGGGUCAGCAGAGCAGAUCAAGUAUCUGGUGGAUCUGGGCUGCAUCAAACCCCUUUGUGACCUGCUUACCGUCAUGGACUCCAAGAUCGUCCAGGUGGCCCUCAACGGACUGGAAAAUAUCUUGAGACUGGGAGAACAGGAGGCCAAGCGCAAUGGAACGGGCAUAAACCCUUACUGUGCCCUCAUCGAGGAGGCUUACGGUCUAGACAAGAUUGAGUUCUUGCAGAGUCACGAAAACCAGGAGAUCUACCAGAAGGCGUUCGACCUGAUUGAGCAUUACUUUGGCACUGAGGACGAGGACACCAGUAUCGCCCCACAAGUUGACCUCAGCCAGCAGCAGUACAUAUUCCAGCAGCGAGAGGCACCCAUGGAGGGAUUCCAGCUCUAAGUACAAGCAGAGGGGGCUCAGCAUGUCACAGAGUAAACUCCACGUUCUCCUUUCAGAUCCUCGCUCCAUUGUUUGCAGCGUGCGCAGUGCACCGUUCUAUUCCCUCCUCUCUCCCCCCUUCACUUGUACUUCCCCCUCUUUUUUAUCUCCACCUCCCUCAUUGCUGCCUUUUUACUUUUCUGCUCUAUAGAAGCAGCUUUUAGUCUCCCACCUUUAGACUUCCAUCUUUUGUUUUAUUCCCCCCCCCCACCCCCCACCUUUGUCUUCCUCCCUCUCUUUUUCCCCUUUUUUUUCGACAUACAGGCGCUGUCCGUGGAGCCAGGAGCGCAUCUCCCGGGGGGGGCAACAAAAGAGAAGCCUCCACCCCCCCCUUCCCCCUGAGCCUCUGCAAACGCCGCUCUCAUGGUGUCAACCCAAUCCGAUGUGCUUUUAAACAUAUCUCCAUUUCAACCUCCGACUCGAAUACGUACGCUACAAAGGACGUCAAAUAAAAAACGAAUCGACUCCAGUGACGAAGAUAUAUAAAAGACCAACCGAACAACCUGACCGGUAAAUCCAGGACCCGAGGAGACUUUUUUUUUUUUAAACCGUCAGGACAAAACGUACAAAGACAUUCAAGACGCGCUGGUGCGAAAAAAAAAAAAAAAGAAAGAUUCACCUUCAUGGCAACUGCUGCCCCGGCUUCACGUCGUGAAAAAAUCGGAGGAAGAGCCUUGGAAGCUUUCCUUUUAUGAGAUGUGCAAGCCUGAGCGAAAAAAAUAAAAAAUAAACAUCAGCAACGAUGUGAAUAAAUAAUAAAAAAAAAUGAUUACAAUGCGAGGGAAAAAAAAUAAUUCGCCUUUAGCAGGAUCGAAGAAAACGUUUUCCAUAAAACCGUAUCUCUGAUCACCUCAAUGCGUGGAAGAAGGUGGUUCAGCUGUUUCAAUGAUCUCUACAGGCUGCCUUGAGUUUUUUUUUUGUUUUUUUUGUUACUUGCUCACGUUAUUUUGUGUCUCUCAAACCCCCUCCCCAACACCACGAGACUGUGGACUACCGCUGUCCUCCCCAGAGACACACGACAGACUUCAAAAUUCUUUUGUGAAGACUUUUCUAGCGACUCUCUUUAAAUUACAAAACUGAAAAAAAGAAAAAAAAAAAAAAAAAAAGAAAACCUCCCCGUCCCUACAAACUGACAUCCAAGAAAUGUGAUUAGACGGAUCGUACUUCUGCAUGCCGAUUAUUUUUUUGGUUUUUCAGGCCUUCGACUCCUGAAUUUUGGGCUUCGCAGGCAAAGUCUUCUUUACCCCCUCCCCCACCCCUCCCUUCAUAUAUCUGGUUUACAGAGAAAACCCAGUGUCGUUUAGAGUAUAUAUAUUUUUAUUUUUCAUGAAUGCAGCAAUUUUGGUUUGCUGUGUAAAUUAUUGCAUUAUUUUAAUGUAAACAUUAUAUGUUCCCAAAUCUAUUAUUUUUUUUUCUAAAGGUCGCAAGGUGGUGACCUUUUUUUAAAAUCCGCCCCCCUCCCCCUUGCACCGGACGGGGAGCACAGUAUGUCCGGAAAGGAGGCACACAGCUCGGCUUUGUGCUUUUUUUUUUUUUUUUAUUAUUAUUAUUUUUUGGGAUUUACAACCUUACAGUAAGUAAAAAAAAAUCCAUCGGCAUUUUCCUCCCAUCCCAUAAAACGAUCGCUCUCUGUCUGGAUCGGCACAUGAAAGCACAAAUCAUAUCGUUUAGCCUUUUUUUUUUUUUUCUCCGUUGUGUUUUUCUGUCAGGUACGGUCCACAGGAUUUCAUCUCAAGCAUUUUUUUUUUUGUGUGAAGCUGCUACUCAUGAUGUAAUGUUCUUUUUUUAAGGGCAUUCACAAAUCCGGUGUUGUUCAGUUGAAAAUUUGGGAAUUUGAUUAUUAGAUAUCUUUUCUUUAGAUUGCCAUAAAAAAUGGCUUUGAGUGCCACUCCAAAUGCCACUGCUAAUGCUCUGGUGAUUCACUGAAGAAGCGGGUGCCAGCAUCCUUAGAGCUCACCCUAGCCCAGUGAAUUAUACCGAAGCGGAGAGAGACGCCGCACACCAAUCAGUCUGUGUAUUCAGUAUGGAACUAAAAUGGCCUUCGCCUUGGCUCCUCCAAGGUCAUGCCCUCCAACGCAUUUCAUCAUUAGCGGGCGUGGCCUGGGAGGAGCCGAAGCUGAGCUGGUUCUAGUGGAGCACUCUGAAUAAAAAUGUAUCUAAUAUGGAAAAUUAGCAUAGACUGGGCCCAUCCCCUGAAGAUCCAGAAAAGAUCUAGUCAUAGACUAAUAUAGUCAUAUGACUAAGCCCUGUGGGUGGGGUAAAACGCUUCCUGUGUAUUCAGUAUGGAACUAGAACAGCCUUCCCCUUUGCUCCUCCCAGGUCAUGCCCUCCAACGCAUUUCAUCAUUAGCGGGCGUGGCCUGGGAGUAGCCGUAGCUGAGCCGGUUCUAGUGGAGCACUCUGAAUAAAAAUGUAUCUAAUAUGGAAAAUUAGCAUAGACUAGGCCCAUCCCCUGAAGAUCCAGAAAAGAUCUAGUCAUAGACUAAUAUAGUCAUAUGACUAAGCCCUGUGGGUGGGGUAAAACACUUCCCGUGUAUUAAGUAUGGAACUAGAACGGACUCUGCCUUGGCUCCUCCCAGGUCACACCCCCGAAGCAUAUGACCAAACCCUGUGGGGGAGGUAAAAUGCUUCAGAAGGCAUGGCCUGGGAAGAGCCGUGGCUAAAGGCCGCUCUAGUGCAGUACUAUGAAUAAAAAUGUAUCCAAUAGGGAGAAUAUAAUAGGCUGGGCCCAUCCCCUGAGGAUCCCGAAGAGAUGUCGCACAACCCAUGUAUUCAGUAUGGAGCUAGAAUGGCCUCCGCUUCCUCUCCCGCUCCUCCCAGGUUCACAAACAAUCCACAGAGAAUGAUGUAUUGGGUGCUUCUGGCCCUCACUGAUAGUUAUAAAGAAAUUGUCAAUUCAUCGCUACAAUACAAUUCACGCUUUAUCCUUUUUAAAAAUGCUGCAAGUAUAGAAAAAUCCAUGUUGAUCUGCUAGAAAUCAAGGGAGCUUCUGACUUCCUGUAGUAAGCCGCCAACACUGCCUUUGCAGUUAGUUUUCUGUAGUUGCAGCAUUUUAAGGGUGGUGUCCUUUCAUAAAUAAGGGUGGCGUCCUUUUUUUUUUGUGCCACAUACCGACAGCUCAAUGUAUACCAAAUAGAGAAGAUAGCCUUCAGCCUCAACUCCCCCUCAGACUGAUAUGUACCAGAUAGUGAAAAAUCGCCUUCAGCCUUAGCUCCUCCUCAGACCACACCCUCUAAAGUGUUACAUCCCUGGGGUGGGAUGAAAAUCAAUGUAUACCAAACACUCCAACGUGUUUCGUCCUUGGAGUAGGACAAAACUAUACCAAAAUAGUCAAGAUCGCCUUCAGCCUAAGCUCUUCCUCAGACCACACCCUCUGACGUGUUUCGUCCCGGGGUGGGAUGAAAUGCGUCAAGUGUAGUAGUCUCAGCAGGAGCAAAGCCGCUUUUAACUAUUUGUUAUACAUUCAGCUGUCUGUGUGGCUCCUCUACAUUUGAUCUUUUGCUAAGCUCUUGGGGAUGAGCAUUUAGAUGCCAGCAACCCCUUCCGGUGGAUCACCUGAGCAACUUCUCUUGGCACUUAGAGUGGCGUUCCAUGAAGGUUUCUACAGGUCGCAGUGGCGUCUUUAUUUGUUUUGGGCGACACAAGUUCUGCUAAAUUGGAGCAGAAAGGAACGGGUGUUACUUUUGAGAUCCCCAUGUCCAUUUAGGUUUUUCCUCUAGCCUGAAACUGAACCCAUGUUGGGUCUAUAGGCAGGCAGAUCUAAAUGAACGUGUGUCUUGGUUCCAAAAAUUCUGCCUGGCACCCAAUAGACCUGUGAACGAUCUGUGUGUUGCAUUAAAAAGUUGCAGGUUUAGAGCUUUGAUAGAUCAUUCAAUGGCGGAAGCUCGCCCCCCCCCCAAUGCAUCAACUUUAUUUAGUUAAGGCUCCAUUCACACUUGUGCGACCCCAAAGUUGCACGACUUUGGAGUUCAACUUUGGAUGGGUGCCACCUGGAUGUGACUGGUUGUCCUUCUGCAAAGUCGGACCCACAUUUCCACCGCUGUUGCACGUAAAAACAUUCAGGUACAACUUUCAUGCAACUUUUGAGGGUUAACAUUGAUGUCUAUGGCCCUUAAGUUGUAUGAAAGUUGGACCAAAAUAGUGCCUGAACUACUUUUGAAGUUGCUGAGGCUUUAAGUCACACAUAUAUGAAUGGGUAUCAUUGCAAAACAUGGCGUCCAAUUUCGUAUGAUAAGUCACACAAGUGUGAAUGGGGUGUAAAUCUUUUCUGUUUGGGCCAUCUUCCCUCCCAGCAGGAUACAUUUGACCUAAAAUGAUUCUCAAUUAAGCAGUAUUAUGGUAGUCCCCCUCGUUUCUAUUGGGGACUCACCGGCCCCUAAUCACGAGCCACUGUAAUGGAGGGCCGGGCUGUGGGACGUACCGUGCAGACAACACAACGGAUAAAUUCCUAGCAAUAAGGAGCAAUGCGAUCUCCGAGACACAUUGCCCUCUUGUUUUCACCAUCAUCACCCGUAUUCCCCCUCCCCCCAAACCCUGCCAAGGAAAUGUCCGCAAUUUUUGUUUAUUUUUCCGUGUGCCACAGACCUCACCUGUGUUCCUACCAAACGCAGAUCACACACACACACACGUCAUCCUUCCUUGUAUUCGUCAUAUUUACCUGCUAAAACUUGAGAAACAGACUUUUUUUGAUCAAGAGCCAAACUUCAAAGGCCAAGCGCGUCAAAAAGCGAGGGGGAGGCAGGAGGGGAGAAAUGGGGUCUCCUGCUCCCCCCCCCGGAAAAAACACUGCACUACGGGGAGAACGAAGGACAAAUACACACAGCAAUUCUCUUUAACCUUGACUGCACUUUUCAGCUCUAUUGGACUGGACCCACGUCCUUUUCUUAGGGGAACUGAGUUUAUUUUUUUUUGUUUUUGAGUUUGGGACAGAUGCUUAUUUGGACAUUUUAUCCUUCCAGAGUUACACUGCUCAAUAUCUGUGGUACAUUCUAUAUAUAUAUAUUUUUUUUUUCUUACCUGCCUCAGUUGUGUCAUCGCUGUAUAUCAGAGUGACCUUAACCCUUUAGCUGCUGACACUGGUGUCACAGGGUUUCUUCCUCUCUCUUACCUGGGGAACGUGCAUGCGAAAAAAUCUGUCAUUGUUUAAAAUUUGGUUUAGAGAUUAUUAUUUUUUAAUAAGACUGGCCAUACAACCCAAUAAUUCACAUGUUUGUAGCCAAAUCUACACAAUUUUGUCAUUCUGCACUCCUGUUAAAGUCUCUGGAUAUAUAUUGGUGGUUUUGAAAUAA